UGUCAAUGUCUACCAGUGCAUUGUGGGAUUGAAGCGGAGCUGGCAAUGGUGACAGUAGCCGUGAAACCUAGCUACAUCUGAAAAGAACACAUUUAGACGCUGUUAAACCGCACCGCUAUCUAGUAUAGAGAUAAUUAUGAUAAUUCAUGAAAAUAACUUAUAAACCCUUUAUUAAGGAGAAACAUAUGCCCUUGUCAUUGCUUCAAUUCUCCAUACGGACGGGCAGGGCGAAGCAGAAAAGUGGAAUAUUGUGUCAAUGGACGCUUGUGAGGAGGUCCACGGCGUUUUUCUUUUUUUAAAGGUGGCGAAUCAAUAGGCCGGGCAUAUUUUAGGAUUGCAACUGCAUUCCUUAUUAUUUUGAUAUUUUUUUUACAUUUUGGUUGAAGUCAUCGUCAAAAUGUCGACCAGUAGUCCAGAGGCGAUAAAGAAAUUGCUUGAGAACAUGCAGACGGAUCUGCGGUCUCUAUCCAUGGAAUGCAAAAAGAAAUUCCCUCCGGUGAAAGAGGCGGCAGAGUCGGGCAUCGUGAAGAUCAAGACCAUCGCAGCGAGGAAUACGGAAAUACUUGCAGCUCUGAAGGAGAACAGCUCCGAGGUGGUCCAGCCCUUCCUGAUGGGCUGUGGCACCAAGGAGCCCAAGAUCACCCAGCUGUGUCUGGCUGCAAUCCAGCGACUCAUGUCCCACGAGGUGGUGUCGGAGGCUGCGGCAGGGAACAUCAUCAACAUGUUGUGGCAGUUGAUGGAGAACGGUCUGGAGGAACUCAAGCUGCUGCAGACAGUCCUGGUCCUGCUCACCACCAACACUGUGGUCCACGACGAGGUCCUGUCUAAGGCCAUUGUGCUGUGUUUCCGGCUGCACUUCACCAAGGACAACAUCACCAACAACACAGCAGCAGCCACCGUACGUCAGGUGGUUACCGUGGUGUUUGAGAGGAUGGUCGCCGAGGAUGACCGCUUCAAAGGUGUGGCUGAGGUCCCCCCUCCCACCCAGGGUAACACCAACCGCAGGUCUGUCAGCACGCUACGGCCCAGUGCCAAGGACGCCUACAUGCUGUUCCAGGACCUGUGCCAGCUGGUGAAUGCAGACGCCCCCUACUGGCUGGUGGGGAUGACGGAGAUGACGCGCACCUUUGGGCUGGAGCUGCUGGAGUCGGUCCUGAACGACUUCCCCGGGGUGUUCCUGGAGCACCAGGAGUUCAGCUUCCUGCUGAAGGAGCGCGUGUGUCCCCUGAUCAUCAAGCUGUUCUCCCCCAACAUCAAGUUCCGUCAGGGGGCCAGCGGCCCGUCCCCAGCCCCGGUGGAGAAGCCCUACUUCCCCAUCUGCAUGCGGCUGCUCAGGGUGGUGUCCGUGCUCAUCAAGCACUUCUACAGCCUGCUGGUGACAGAGUGUGAGAUCUUCCUGUCCCUGCUGGUGAAGUUCCUGGACGGAGAGAAGCCUCAGUGGCUGAGAGCUGUGGCUGUGGAGUCAGUCCACCGGCUGUGUGUGCAGCCUCACCUGCUGCGGUCGUUCUGCCAGUCGUACGACAUGAAGCAACACUCCACCAAGGUGUUCCGAGACAUCGUCAACGCCCUGGGCUCCUUCAUCCAGUCCCUCUUCAUCACCCUCAACACAGGCAACCCUGCUGCCACCACCAACACACCUGGGGCGUCGGGCCCCGGGGCCCAGGGCUCGUCCCAGGGGGGGCAGGGAUUGGGGGGCGUCAGCUCCAGUCUGAGCCCCCAGGCUGCCUUUGAGUACCGGGGCAUCUGGAUCCCUCUGGUGACUGUCAGCGUGCAGGGCAGCGCCAAGGCUACCUACCUGGAGAUGCUGGACAAGGUGGAGCCCCCCUCCAUCCCUGAGGGCUACGCCAUGUCGGUGGCGUUUGGCGCGCUGCUGGACCUGGUGCGAGGCAUCACCUCCAUGAUCGAGAGGGAGCUGGCCAAGGAGGAGGCAGAGCUGGCAGAGCGCAGGGAGAACCAGCCAGACCUGGAGGCCCAGCCUGCACCUGGGGCUCACCUGGUGUGGGAGGAGAUGGUGGGAGCGUGCUGGUGUGGCCUGCUGGCUGCCCUCUCCCUCCUGCUGGACGCCAGCACGGACGAGGCGGCGACAGAGAGCAUCCUGAAGGCGGAGCUGAGCCUGGCGUGGCUGUGCGGCCGCCUGGGCCUGGUGACGCCCCGCGACGCCUUCAUCACGGCCGUGUGCAAGGCCUCCCUGCCUCCCCACUACGCACUCACCGUGCUCUGCAGCAGCGCCGGGAACCUCUCCAACAAGGCCUACUCCAUCCAGGGUCACAGUGUGCAGAUCAUCAGUCCCUCCAGUGAGUCCCACCAGCAGGUGGUGGCAGUAGGACAGCCUCUGACUGUCCAGCCUCAGGGAACUGUGGUGCUGACGGCUAAGAACAUCCAGUGCAUGCGCACACUGCUGAACCUGGCCCACUGCCACGGGGCUGUGCUGGGGUCGUCAUGGCAGCUGGUCCUGGCCACGCUACAGCACCUGGUGUGGAUCCUGGGGCUCAAACCAGGGGCGGGCGGGGCCCUGAGGCCGGGCAGGGCUGUGGAGGGCCCCAGCACGGUGCUGACCACAGCUGUGAUGACGGAUCUGCCCGUCAUAUCCAACAUCUUAUCCAGGCUGUUUGAGAGCUCACAGUACCUUGAUGACGUGUCCCUGCAUCACCUGAUCAACGCUCUCUGCUCCUUGUCUCUGGAGGCCAUGGAGAUGGCCUACGGAACUAACAAGGAGCCAUCUCUGUUUGCCGUGGCUAAGCUGCUGGAGACAGGGCUGGUGAACAUGGACCGGAUAGAGAUCCUGUGGAGACCGCUCACAGGACACCUGCUGGAGAAGGUCUGCCAGCACCCGAAUGCCAGGAUGAGAGAGUGGGGUGCAGAGGCGGUGACGGCACUCAUCAAGGCUGGCCUGGCCUACAAACACGACCCCCCCCUGUCCCACAACCAGAGGCUGCAGCUGCUGCUGCUGAACCCCCUGAAGGAGCUGUCCAACGUGCUGCACGCUGACAUCCGCCACAAGCAGCUGGACAGCGUGCUGCAGAUCCUGCAGAGCCAGGGGGACCGCCUGGGCCCCGGCUGGCCCCUCAUCCUGGGGGUCAUAGGAGCCAUCCGCAAUGACCAGGGAGAGUCGUUGAUACGAACUGCCUUCCAGUGCCUGCAGUUGGUGGUGACGGACUUCCUACCCACCAUGCCUUGCACGUGCCUCCAGAUCGUAGUGGAUGUAGCUAGCAGCUUCGGCCUGCAGAACCAGGAGCUCAACAUCAGCCUCACGUCCAUCGGCCUCCUGUGGAACAUCUCGGACUACUUCUUCCAGAGGGGCGAGGCCAUCACCCAGGAGCUGGAGAGGGAGGAGGCCACGCUGCAGAAGCAGGCCCAGGAGAGGGGAGAGGCCCUGAACCGGCCCUUCCACCCGGCCCCUCCCUUUGACUGCCUGUGGCUGUGUCUGUACGCCAGGCUGGGGGAGCUGUGCGUGGACCCUCGGCCAGCCGUGAGGAAGAGCGCUGGACAGACCAUGUUCUCCACCAUCGCUGCACACGGGACCCUGCUGCAGCAGCCCACCUGGCACAUCGUGGUCUGGAAGGUGCUGUUCAACCUGCUAGACCGCGUGAGAAACUCAUCCACCUCGGCCGACAAGGAGAAGAUCGAGUCUGGCGGGGGGAACAUCCUCAUCCACCACUCGCGGGACACGGCGGAGAAGCAGUGGGCAGAGACCUGGGUGCUCACCCUGGCUGGGGUGGCCCGCAUCUUCAACACCAGGAGAUACCUGCUCCAGCAGCUAGGAGACUUCUUCAAGGCGUGGGAGGUCCUCCUGGACCACAUCCAGUCUGCCGCCCUCAGCAAGAACAACGAGGUCUCCCUCGCUGCCCUCAAGAGCUUCCAGGAGAUCCUCCAGAUCGUCACGCCCAGCAAAGACUCGGACAAGCCCUGCGACGCCCUGGCCGCGCUGGGGGUCCUCCCCGUCCUCAUCGACCCCCUCAGCGCCUCGGGCGCCGGCCGCCCCCUCGUCCGCUCCGACUCGCUGGUCGAGCGCCUCACGCGCUACAACGGCGCCGAGCUCCAAGCCCCGCCCCCUGGGGAGGAGUCGGCCCUGGAGGACUCCGUGCUGUGGUGGUCGGCGUGGAACACGUGGUACCGGACCGGCACCGACAGCACGCGGCCGCCCGGCGCGGCGGCGGCGGUGGAGAAGCAGGCCUUCAUCCCCAGCCAGCCCUUCCUCACGGCGCUGGUGCAGAUCUUCCCGGCGCUGUACCAGCACAUCAAGGGGGGCUUCAGCAUGGAGGACCUGAGGAAGCUGGGGGUGAUCCUGCACGGGGCCGUGUCCGUGCCCAUCAGCAGCGACGCCUCGCCCUUCAUCCUGCCCUCCUACACCGAGGCGGUGCUCACCAGCCUGCAGGAGGCCGUCCUCACCGCCCUGGACGUGCUGCAGAAGGCCAUCUGUGUGGGCCCUGAGAACCUGCAGGUCAUGUACCCCGCCAUCUUUGAGCAGCUGCUCCUCUUCGUCGAGUUCUCCUGCAAACCGCCCCAGUACGGCACCAUGGAGACCAAGCACGUGGCCAACGCCAAAUACAACCAGGCAGAAUGGGUUGCCUUAAACUAUGUCCCCUUCGCUGAGCGCUCCCUGGAGGCGGUCGUGGAACUGUACCACAAGACGGCAUGCCACAAAGCCGUCAUCAACGAGAAAGUCCUGCAGAACAUCAUCAAGACCUUACGGAUGCCUCUGGGCCUGAAGUACGCGUGUCCAUCGGAGAGCACGUGGAAGCUAGCCGUGUCCUCCCUGCUCAAGGUGCUGUUCGUAGGCCUGCCCGUGGCCCGCCAGCACGCUCCCUCGGGGAAGUUCGACACCAUGUGGCCAGAACUCGCCAACGCCUUCGAAGACUUCCUCUUUACCAAAAGCACACCUCCUGAUAAUUUGUCCAUCCAGGAAUUCCAGAAGAACGAAGCCAUUGAUGUAGAGGUGGUCCAGUUGAUCAGCUCAGAGAUCCUGCCCUUUGCCAACUUUAUCCCCAAAGACUUUGUUGGUCAGAUCAUGGCCAUGCUCAAUAAAGGUUCCAUUCACUCCCAGUCCUCCUCGUUCACAGAGGCGGAGCUGGACGUGCGGAUGAGAGAGGACUUCUCCAAGGUGUGCUUCGAGACCCUGCUGCAGUUCUCCUUCAGCAACAGGGCGCCCACGCCCCAGGAGGGCUACAUCUCCCGCCUGGCUCUGUCCGUGCUGCUGCGCCGGGCCCAGGACGUGCUGCAGCGCUACGUGGAGGACGAGAGGCUGAGCGGGCGCUGCCCUCUCCCCAGACAACAAGUGACGGAGAUCAUCUUUGUCUUGAAAGCAAUCAGCACUUUGAUGGACUCACUUAAAAAGACCCAGCCAGAGAAUGUGGAUGCUAACACAUGGGCCCAGGUGAUCGCCCUGUACCCCACCCUGGUGGAGUGCAUUACGUGCUCCUCGUACGAGGUCAGCUCUGCUCUCAAGGAAGCCCUGGGACCCUUCAAAGACUUCAUGCAGCCUCCCGUCUCCCGAGUCCAGAAUGGGGAGUCCUGACCAGCCCCCACAUCCCUCCCCCACAUCCCUCCCCUCUUUUUUUUAUUUUAUAUAACUCAUGAAAAAUGAAUGUGGUGACCCGAACAUGCCCACAUCCUUUCAGGAAAGAGGGACUUGACCCCACAUGAGCCCCUCAUCUACCGGACUAACUCACCGGGGCUCUGAAGCUCAGACCACACUGACAACUCCUCUCACAUCAUCGGUGUACGCUUCUAAUGCCAGUUAACUCUCAUACUAGCAGGCUGGACUGUGUGUUGCCAGUUACAGUAUAAAUAAUAAUUAUUGCAGUGUUUUAUUUGGGUUUCGUUUUCUGAAAGGAGAGUUGAUUGUACAGUGUGUGGUUAAAGUGAUAAUGUAAUUAAGAGAAAAAAAAAAAUAUUGGGCUUGACUUGAGGACAAAGAUUCAACUAUCUUUUUGUGACUUUUUAAGCAGUGAGGAUUUCAUGCAAAAUCUAACUGUAACAUUCCAUGUCAUCUUUAGCCAGUCUCAGAAGGGACGAAAUUGUCUGAAUAAAAUAAAUGGGACAGUUCUAUGAACAAAUCUGA